AUGGAAAAACUCCCCCAAGAGGUCAUCGACCAGGUUGCCCACCAUCUCUUCCCAGUCCUUUUCACAGCGUGGGACAACAUCGCAACUCUCAACGCAAGACAGCAGGAAGCAACAUGGAGGCAACGCGACUCAGUGAGCGCGGCAGCUUAUGCCACCAUUUCACUUCCGUGGCAACGUGCCAUCGAGAAGAAAAUGUUCACACUUGUCAAAAUUCGGUCACCGAAUGAUGAACUCAAGUUGAGACAGAUUAUGGCCCGCAACCCCCAUCGCCGUAACUCCGUUCGCUACAUCAAAUGCAACAUCAACCUCGACUACCUUGACAGAGCCACACAUACACCCUUUCCAGUUGUUAGCGACCGAGGAGUUAUUUCCACAAUUGGGAGCAUCCUCCGACUUGUCAACCUCAUUCGGCCGAGUUCCCUUGCUUCUCCAAUGCCCGAAGCACCGUUGUUUCUCCAAAUCAACAUCGUCAACUUACGCCCGCUGUUGGGAGCGGAGAGAGGAAAUUGGGGAGCGCCGUCGGAUAUCAAUAAUUUGCCGACGUGCCCGGGUGUGACACAUCUACAGAUCACACAUGACGAGGAUAUAAACCUAAGGUUGACAAGGCCACGCAAACAUGUCUUUUUGGAGCCAACAGAGGUUCCACCGGUAUGGAUGUCGGACAUCUUGACCAAAUUUCCAACAGUCGAUGACGUUGUUUGGGAACUGCACGAGUUCCUGGACCAAGGCCAGCAAAGGACAAAACAUCGUACAGGUGAACGUGAAGAAACCCUCAACGUAGCAAUCCGCACAUUAUCCCAACAGCUGGUUUCCCUACAAAUCAUCGGGAUAUUCACAGUGACCCCCGACUUCAACAACUUGAUGGUGGCAAUGGCCCAGGGCAUGCUCAACAUGCCCAAGCUUCAACAGCUCGAUAUCAGCUUCCGCUUCCCCCCAUUCAACACGGGCAAACCCAUCGACAAGCGUCGGUUCAAGGACCUAAACGGCGAUGAUUCCACUUCGCUUCUUUUUCACGUCAUUCGUUACCGCCGGGCUUCAAGCGAGUGGUUGGAGCUCGCUGACUGCAAGGAAGCCAAGGAAUUGUAUUGCAAUCUUGAUCUUUUUGACAGCAAGCGCUUGUAUAGCCGCCUCCGUCAAGAGUUCGGAAAGUUCCAUUUACUACCUGUUUAUUGGCGUCCUUUCCCGGAGCAAGCGGUCCGGAACUGGAAUAUCUUGCAUAGGAGGAUCAAGGGGGUGAUUCCUCUCUUGGAAUGGAGGAGCAAUUAUGCUAACCCGGAGCCCUGCAAAGUUGAACCGAGAGGGGGAAUAUGGCCCUACGCGGAAAGGGAGAGGAGAAGAAGAAGCAGAAGCGCGGUGCCAUAG